UUGGGUCGAAAGUUUGCAUCUUGACCAACUGGGUCGCUUCCAAUACGUGCAAAUGUUGUAUACGAGGGUAGGGUUUGGUGCUUAGUUUAUUUCUAUUUUUGUGUGGUUUGUAGAGUUUCUGAAGCUAUGGAGGCUUAUAAGAGAUGGGUCAGGCAGAACAGAGAUUAUGUGCACUCCUUGGAGUCUUUGGCCAAUGGAUUGACAUGGCUUCUUCCAGAACGGUUCUCUGAAUCAGAGAUUGGACCAGAAGCAGUGACGACCAUUCUGGGAAUUAUCACAGCUAUCAAUGGACAUAUAAUUGAUACAACUCCUAACCAAAAUAUUAGAGGCUAUGUUGAGCCUUAUUCAUUUCCUUAUCCAUUAUGCUUAUCUGCACUAAAGGAUUUGGAAACGUUAGUUGAAGUUGUGGCACAACAUUACUAUGGUGAUGAUAAGAAAUGGAAUUUCCUGGCUGUUACUGAAGCAACCAAGGUACUGGUUCGGUUAUCUUUGUUUCGUAAGAGUGGAUAUAAGAUGCUGCUACACGGAGGGGAGACAUCCAAUGAUGAGACACAUUUGGAUAGUUUUACUACACAACAUCAAAACAAUCUUGGUGAAAACCCAUGGAAUCUGGAAGGAAGAGCACUAUCUGCUUUAAGUAGCUUUGGAGAGAAAGCCAGGAUGGGUUUAGAUGCAGUGUGGUUACGUAGGGUUCAACACCAAAAAGCAAUUAUAGAGCCUACAGUUUCAAGGGUAGAAAGACCAACACUUUUCACCAUGUUGUCCAAAAGGGGUCUUCGUGGGGCACUGUUUUUGAUUGGAGAAGUUCUAUUUAUUAGUAGACCACUUAUUUAUGUUUUAUGUAUUCGAAAAUAUGGUAUUCGUUCAUGGACCCCUUGGUUCCUUUCACUAGCUGUUGACUGCGUAGCGAACAGUAUUCUUUCAGUUGUUACAACAUCAGUGAUUGGUGGGAAAGAGCAAAUGUUUCAUCUUUCUGCCCCAGAAAAGGAUGAGGUUAAACGACGGAAGCUGUUAUUUGUUCUUUACCUAAUGAGAGAUCCAUUUUUCAGCAAGUAUACUAGACGAAGACUUGAAAGCACUGAGAAAGUUUUGGAGCCUAUACCUAUCAUAGGAUUUCUUACAGCUAAAAUUGUUGAGCUUAUGAUUGGAGCUCAAACACGAUACACUUACAUGUCAGGAUCAUGAUAUGAAAUCCAGAACAAACACCUCAUUGACCUCCAAGAUUAUGGGAAGAUAUUCUCACUGUGCUGCCACACUAUUUGCUGUUCCAUAAUGAUGAAGAGGUAUCAAAUCUGCUACUGUGAUGAUUGAAAAGUGAGAAACCAAGCAAGCAUGAACAUUUUCUUUUGCACAACAAUCCCAGAGGUGGAAGUUGUAAGGCUGUAAGACUUGUUAAAAGCUCAGAAAAUUGUAUUCUAUUAUACACUUGUUAAAGUUUUAUGCUUAUCUUCCAUCAGCAUGCUUGUGUGGGCAAACGUAUGUUGAAUUUUGCUUUUUACCCCAAAAGAAGGUAAAUGAAAAAUUAUUUGAAGCCUUACUGUGUCUUUGUAAAUUCAAGUGAUGCUGCAAAAAUUACGUAUAUUUUUAUG